GUUCAGCGUCAAGAAUUUUAUCCUUUUCUGCGAUUUACUGAACACAAUAAUGAUAACUACUUUAAAGAUCUGCCUGAAAAUCUUUUUCAAACACUUUUAAAUAAACCUGCAAUUGAACAAGCUUCGACUUUUAUUACACCUGAAUUAUUAUCUCAAAACGAUGUACUAUCCAAGGACGAUGUGCUACCCCAGGACAAUGUAAUACUUCAAGGCGAUGUACUACCCCAAGACGAUGUACUACCUCAAGAUGAUGUACUACCUCAAGAUGUACUACCCCAAAGUGAUAUACUACAUCAGGAUGAUGUACUACCCCAAAGCGAUGUAUUACCUCGAGACAAUAACGAUAUAUUACUCCAAGAAAAUGCAUUGUCUCAAGAUAUUAUGAUUAAAAAUAACAAC